AUGGCAACCCGGAAAGUCCGAUACAAGAAACUCAGCAUAAAAACGGCACUGCCUGUUUUGCGUGAGGAUCAGGUCGACCCCAGCGAAUAUGAAGCCCUCACCACCGAGACACAAAUCGCGACGGGUGUCGAGCAAGGCGAAGAAAAUGAAUACCAUUUGCAGGUCGCCCUGCAGGGCACGUCUUCGGCGGCCGUCAAGGAGAUCCCCGUACCGCCGCCUAUGGAGAGCGACAUCAACUAUGAUGCGCUAUAUGCCCGAAAGUUCCAGCAACCGGUCAACUACAUCCGAUUUUCGCAAACGGUAGAAGAAUGCAUCGGCUGCCAGUAUGACAUGACGGAGGAGGACGACGAGUUUCUAAAGGGUUACAACAAGAAGAAGCCCGCCAGCCAACAGCUCUCCGAGGACGACUUUGAGCAGAUCAUGGAGGUCUUUGAGGACACGGCAUCCGUCGCAACGCCGUUUGCGUCGGUGGACAAGACCAUUGUGCCCUACGACCACAUGGUCGGCGGCCUUCAUGAGCUGCAGCUGCCCAAAGUUAUGAACCACGCCAAGGACAUUUAUGAAUUCUGGAAGUCACGGCGCAUCGACGUGGGCGGGCCGCUGCACCCGUCUCUCAAGUUCGAGACACACCAAGAGACAGAUGAGAUGGAUCCCUUUGUCUGUUUCCGCCGGCGUGAGGUGCGGCAAACACGCAAGACGCGCGCGCGCGAUCUCCAGAGUGCCGACAAGCUCAAAAAGCUGCGGCGCGAACUCGAGGACGGCCGACAACUUGUCAUCCUGUCGCACGAGCGUGAAGUCCUCAAACGCGACCUGUUGCUCACAGACCGCGCCGUAUACGAGCAGAGGGCGAAGUUGAAGCUCAUGAAGGUCCGGUUGGGGAUCCGGACCGACGACGAGGAUCUAGUCCACCAAAAGCCUCAAAAGAAGAAGGCGCCCGAUUUGUCGGUUGCACAGCGCAAUGCCGCCGCAGCGCAAGUACGCGCAGCCACGCGCCCAGACAACCGGCAGCCAGAAAUGGACCUCGUCCUAUUGGCUGAUUCGCUUGUGGAGAGAGAGAACGAACUGCGCGCAGACGUCAUCAAGAGGAUCGAGAACCACCGCCGGUGGAACGAGAACCACGUUGACCUGACCAGCGAACCUCUUAAGCCGCUCAAGGACCGUAAUGAGGGCGCUGGUUUCCGCCCUGCCACGACCCAGUAUUUGAUGACUCCACCGGCUUCCGAGACGUCUCAAGAGGACGAACCCGUGCCGAUGGAGCUUGAUGAGCCGGAGUCAGCUGCCGUAUUCACGUUCAAGGGUGUGUCGACGCCGCCGUAUGGCCAAGCACAACCCCCCGGACACCAGUUCCGGCGCCGCAUUGGUCGUCUCAACCGGCUGUGGAUCGACCGGAGGAGGAUUAUGGUCACUCCACCUCCGGAGACGCCCGGUCAGUUUGAGAGCCAUUCUGUGGACAUGGAGGUCGACUCAACCCCCGAUCGUUGGAAGUACGACCAUGACGACAGCGAGGAUGAGCCGGACGUGUAUGAGGUUGAUCCGUACAGCAUCCAGGCGCUCAAGUUCCCCCAGGCCACUGCGUCCUCUUGA